AUGGAUUUACACACUUUACCAUCAAAAAUUGUUGACAGUAUCGAAUCCGAAUGCUUGCCAUCAAAUACCGUCAUAUUUUGCCAACAUGGUAAAUGGGUGUACAUAGCACAUGAAGAUAAACUACCUGUAAAAGAACAGGUUCCUGUUCAACUUGAGUCAUUAGGACCAUUUGGAACACGAUCGGUCGAUGAUAUUUCUCUCCAACUAGCAUAUGAUGGCCUCACAUAUGACUUAUAUUACAACGGCACGACAAAUACGUAUAACCUUCGCACACCAGUUGCGCGAGUCACACUGCAAGGCCUUGCUUCAGAUGUGGCUAAUAUUCCUCCUAAUGCUACACAUUUCUGUUGGAUUCAUCCACCAUCUCCAUCUCUCAUUAUAAAGGAGAAUUGUCCAGCGGAACAAUUCUUGAAAACAGGUGGCUAUGCUUACUUCAAACUCGAACAACAAUCAAAUGCUGCCUUUCAAACACUUCGGAUCAACGCACUGUAUGAAGCUACUAAUGGUCUAGAGUUUGAGGAAAGAAAAGAAUGGCGAUGUAAAUAUACUGAACAGUUAUGGAAUGAUGGACGGUUCCAGCCGACUGUUUCAGCAUCACUAGUGGAAAAAGGUGUAAAAUAUUAUUGUUUCCUUAAUCCAGAUGAAUGUGUCACCGCUACGGGACAAGCCUCGUGGGUACCUUGUGCUCAUGGCGGAUUUGUUUUUCUUUACGGCGAAGAUGAACGUCAUCCGCACGCCUUUGAUUGUUAUUUUUCUGUUGCUGACAACUGUCUUGGAGUUUGUCCAGCAGAUGAGAACGAAAAAGCAGAUGAGGUACUUAAAAGUAUUAAUAAUAUCUAG